AGUGCUACCGUUCUUGUUUUUUGGCUGGUGUGCACCGGCGUUGAAUUUCCCGCUCUGUUUCUCUACCGUCGAACUGGUAGCUGAUAUAUAUAUAUAUAUAUAUAUAUACAUACAUUAUUCUUCGUUAUUAUUGUUAUUGUUAUCACUUUUCUUCUUCUGUACGUGAUCAUGUCUAAUUUCCCAAAGCUGGCGCGGAUUAAGUCCGAGGAUGAGAAUAUGGAAAAGAUCCACGUCGCGGCCCGCAAGGAUCAGACGGAGGAGGUGCGCCGCCUGAUCGGCCUUGGUGUGAACCCCACCAUCCAAAACCGCUUCGGCUGUACGGCGCUGCACCUGGCGUGUAAGUUUGGCUGUGUCGAGACCGCCCAAUACCUGGCGAGUGUGGCCGAGGUGCACUCCUCCUGGCACGGGCAGAAGCCGAUCCACCUCGCCGUCCUCUCCAAUCAGCUGGACCUGGUGAAGGCGCUCGUCGAGGGCGCGAAGGUGCGGGGACUGUCGACGGAGACGCUGCUGAACGAGUGCGAUGAGCGGGAGGUGAACGAAAUCGGCACCCACCUGAAGCACUGCAAGGGGCAGACGGCGCUGCAUUGGUGUGUGGGGCUGGGGCCGGAUUACCUACCGAUGAUGCAGCUACUCGUCCAGCUGGGGGCGUCACCGACGGCGAAGGACAAGAACGAUGAGACGCCGCUCAUGCGGGCGAUGGAGUUCAACUGGCCGGAGGCGCUGGAGAUGAUGUUAGACAACGUCCCGAACCAGAAUGCGCUGCGGCUUGACUACUCGGACAAGAACGGCCGCUCCCACCUUCAUUGGGCGAUCCUCAACAACAACGAGGCGAUGGGGCUGCGCUUCGUAGAGAUGGGCCACAACGUGAACAUGGAGGACGCCGAGCACGUCGCCCCGCUGUACCUCUCGGUGCGGGCAGCCAUGGUGCCCCUCACGGCAAAGCUUGCGGAGUUGUCGGAUGUGCUGCUCGUGCAGAAUUGUCCGUUUCACAACGGGACGACGGUGGUGCGGGAUCGGAUUGCGUGGCUAGACUUUGUCUCGGCGGACGCGGACGCGGAGCCAGCCAAGGCGGAGGUGAUUCGGCUUUUUCAGGCAAAGCUGAAUGAGAUCAUGGCAGGCCUUGGCGGUGGCGCGAAGGACGGCGAGAAGAAGAAGAAGCGGGGCAGCAACACCAUCAAGAAGAUGAGCUUAGCGCCUUCCGCCCCCGUCCGCGAUCGAUCUCGCAGUCGGGGAAGGAGUUUGAACUCUCGCAAGUAA